AUGGAAAUUUACACUUUCCUAAUUAUUGGAUUGAUAUUGUGCCUAAUUUAUUUCGUAAAAUCGAAAAAAGCAGCCCCAAUCGUAGUAUCUGAUAUCAUUAUCUAUCCUAUUAAGGGAUGUGGCUCAAUCCAUCUAAAAGAAGGAAAAAUCGUAGAAAACGGGCUUGUUGAAGACAGGCAAUGGUUUAUCGCAAAUGACAAGCUAGAAAAUAUCACCCACUCCACUGAAAACUAAUAUAAUUAUUUUAUAUUUUCCAAAUUAUUUAUAUAAAAAAAUCACCAAUUACACUUUAUUUACCAACAUUAUUUAUUUAAAAAUUUUUUGAUAUCAUUUUUGUAGCAGAGUUAGCGACAAAACCCAAAAAUCCUUGGAAUUCAACCAAGAUUAAUUUAUAAUGGCGAAGGCCAACUUACCAAUAUGAUUUUAAGCCACGAAGGUAUGCCAGAUUUCAGCCUUGAAAUAAAAGACUUAAGCGACAAAGAAACUGUAAACGUUGGAGUAUGAAAGUGCACAGUUCCUCUUCCAAGCAAAGAUGAAGGAGAAGCAGUUGGUGCCUGGAUAACUGAAGCCCUCAAAGCUCCUGAAAACUACCAUUUAUUUAGAUUUGUCGCCGACUGGCCAAUAAAUCACCGUAAAGAAUAUCAAAGCACAGUUUCUGACGAGUUUAAAACUAUGGCAACUGAUAUUGCCCAAUUUUUAGUAAUUUCUGAAGAAACCUAUGCAGAAUGUAUUAGAAAACUUCCAGAGUAUAAAAGAGACCAUAUCGAUAUCAUAGCUUUUAGGCCAAAUAUCAUGGUAAAAGGAGCUCCAAGGGCUUUUGAUGAGGACUGGUGGGAGAAUUUUAAGAUAAAUGAUGUGAAUUUUCAAGGGAUAGGAAGAUGCUCAAGGUGCAGGGUUACUACAAUUAGUCAAAAAACAUUGGAAUUUGACGCUAAUGGGGAGCCUGUGUCGACGCUGAGGAAAAUUAAUGGAAAUGGAACAAAAGGAUAUUUGGGAAUGCAUUGUGUCAAGACUUGCUGCGGAACUGUUAGAGUUGGAGACCAAGUUCAGGUGGUUUCGAGACGUAAGUUCCCUGAUAUUUACUCCCCUCCUCUGUGAGCGAACAAAAAUAUUGAAAAAAAUACUAUUUUUUUGCCUUCCGUGAGCGAACAAAAACAUUUUUAAUGAAAAAAUUUUGACAUGUAAGUGAUAAUUAUUAUUAUGAAAUCUCUAGCUAAUUCUGUAUAAUUUUAAACAACUUGUAUUUUAAAAAUAAAUUUUAAAUAUUAAAUUAAUUUUUUACGAAUUGGAGUGUUUUUAAAUUUUGAAAAAACUUACUAUAGAAUUUAUAUAAAAAAAUAAUUAAAUCCCUUUGUGAGCGAACAAAAUUAGUUUGUUCGCUCACGGAAGGGGGAGUUAG